AACUUGUAAUGCAUUGAAAUUUUCAAUUAUUAUUGCAGUACUUGAGAAGUGAGUCGCGAAGACAGUUGUGAGGGAUGUCUGGGAUGUCAGGUAUGGGUCAGUCGGGUGUCGGGCCCAGCGGUCAGGGAUCACAGCCUUCACAACAGACCGAACAGAAGUACGAUUUGAUCCAAAGAGUCCGUCAACUCGUCUAUACUCUGAAGGAAUCGCUUGCAACCGAACAGAAGUACGAUUUGAUCCAAAGAGUCCGUCAACUCGUCUAUACUCUGAAGGAAUCGCUUGCAAACGUGAUGAAAGUGUCCGCACAUAACAUACAACACAAUUCGUUGAUUGACAGCGGAUUGAAAACGAGCGAAGAAUCGGAAAUACGUUUUGAUAAAGCGUUGGAAGACUUCUUCUCCAUUUGUAAUCAAAUAGAACUCCAUUUAAAAACAAUCCUCGAGUGCGCGAUUCAGGCGAGGGAUAGUCACCUCUACCUACCCUUUACUAUCAAUAAGUCGGACAGCAUUGAGACCAACCCUAAUAUGCCGACCGACUCGUUGUCAUACAACCAGUAUUUAAUGACAAUCAAAGGUCAGGUGAACUUCGCUAAGACUAUUCACGACAUGUUAGUGGAGGGCUCCAAACGGAUCACUCAAACAGAUCUGCCAAUCAAUCCGAUCAUAAGCGCAACGACUCCCACACAAAAUAACUGAUCAACUUUUACAUCACUUUUGUUGAGUUUCAUACAAUCUUUUUAUUUAAAUACAUUCGUAGUGUUAAUGCUUUAAAAAAUACUAAAAUAAAAUGAAUUAUUGAAUUAAAUA